CUCCUGUAUAUGGCUGAAUCAAGAAGCUUCAUCCCCUCAAGGGUGCCUGAAAUCCAUAAGCCCUCCAGGAAGCUUAGUAAACUGCUUUUACAGUAUGUCAUAAUUAUCUAGAUCAUGACAGCAUUCGAGCAGUAUCAGACAAAAUUAGAUGAAAUAAGAGUAUCUGGCUGUCACGAGGUAUGACCAACUUCAAAGCAAGAUUUGCACGUUGACAUUGAAGUUUGUAUAAAAACUAUGACACAAAUGACAAGAGUCUUUAUUUCUCUGUAGGCAAUACAAUCUCAAAGAAAUGCGUUUUCUUUCAUUAUUGAGAAAAUGUCUUCCGUAUCCAAAAUGGAUCUGGCCCAUCACGAAAAGGUAUGCAUAGGAAACAAAUGAAAACCAUGGUAUGCAAUGAUCAGUUUACUGGGGGGGGGUUAGGAGUGGUAACCCCCUAGAAUCUCUCUAACCCCUCUUUUAAAGUGUUCAACCCCACCAAAAUUUUGCGUGACCCCUUUCUAUUUUGUGUGAAAGUCUUUAACCCUAACGCCUAACCUCUGCCGAAGCUCGCUCAGUGGUGCCGCUUGCAUCCCCACUAGAAAUUUUUUCACCCCUUCUUUAAAAAAUACGGAAAAUCCGCCCAUGAUUUGGGUCAGAAAAUCUGUACCAUUUCGCUCAUUUCGUUUACACCAUGCUAGGCAUUCAGUCUUUUGAGCGCUCGUUUACCCAUCUGGGCACACUUGGUGAAACAACCUUUAUCGUUGGAUGCCAACGUCACGCCGUUGGUCAAGGUAUGUACUCUGUCCAAAAAUUAUUUUCUGUUAUCGCAUAGUUUUAUCACAGAAUAAGGUACACAGAAGGCCGACUUCUUCGUUUUUCCUAUGAUUUUCCUAUGAUUUUGGCGUAACCCGUAAUUCGUCAUCAAAUGCUGACGCCAUGGUCCUAGCCAGUGCGCGUUUGAGAGGCAUUCACCCCCUGAUAAUAUUCAAAAUGGCGGAUGUCCAGGGGGGGGGGGAAUGCCUCUCAAACAUGCACUGGCUAGGACCAUGGCGUCAGCAUUUUGAUGAUGAAUCAUGGCGUGGCAGCGUUACUCGAGUCGACCUUCUGUGUACCUUAUUCUGUGGUUAUAUGGUUAUCACCACCUAGUACAGGCCGUUCGAAAUAUUACUUGAGUUCUUGUUGCCCUGUUUAAAGUGCGACUUACCUCAAAUAUAACUUUUGGUAUUUGUAAUAUCUAGGUCAUACCAAAAAUUAUAUUUGUGGUUAGUCGACCUAACAAGACGUUAAUAGACCUUUCCGGUAAUGACGUCACGAUUAACACUGUUUUCAACUUAGGACCACCUUAAAUGGAUUGGAUUUUAAGUUUGUUUUUCUGGGGCUAUGGUCAGAGGAGCAGAACAUCUUUCAUAUCACACAUCCUUCAUCCAACACAUGCAUAAAAAAGAAUUUUGGAUUUUGACCAAUAAAUGUGGAAAUAACCCUAAACGCGAAAACGAGGCCUCGUUUUCGUGUUUAAGGCCUCUGACCAAUUUUGGCACGUGAGAAACAAGCUUAAAAUCCAUUCCAUUUACAGUAAGGUGGUUCUAAGUUGAAAACCGUGUAGUUGUGGCGUAAUUACCGGAAAGGUCUAUUCGGAGUGUGAUUCAUCUUAUGUUUGAUUUCAGCAACUCACAGAGAACAGUGUUUAUGAUAAAAGUUUGGACGAACAUCUAUCUGGUGUAGUUGAGAUUCGCACACCCAGUCCUCCUCCAAUAGACCAAAGUAAACUGUUAGAUAAGAGAUUAUCACAUCAGUUCAAUGUCGGAUCUAUGCUGAAUCAUAAUGGACCCGCCAAAGACAAAGAAAAAGACAAGGAAAGCAGGUACUGCAUACUGGAUAGUUCUAUCAGUUCUAAACUGUUCUCCUUUGAGGCAGGGCUUGAAAACGGACCACGAAACCAUCGAGACUCCAGAAAAUAUUUCCCCAAGAAAGAAAAAAAGAUAAUUGUAAAAAUUUAGAUAAAAGGGAAGAGGGAAAAUUUUUAUAACCAAUACUACAAAGCAUGUUGCCCGUGUACUACUCAUGGCUUAAGUAAUAUUUCAAAUCCGACUAUGAGGACAGGACUAGAUUUCAGCAGGCCUUAAAAUAUAUUUUACAGGCCCGUCUGACAAAAUGUCCGAUGACGUUGAGUUUGGGUCGAACAUAUGUCUGAUGACCUUCAGUUCAGUUUUGUCUGAAUGAGACAAAUGAAUAUCAGCACAAUGUUGUGAAGAUAUUAAAUAAUUUGUGUCAUUCAUACUUAUUUCCAAGUCAAAAUUAACUUGCUUGCAAGAACAGCAGUAAGACGUCGACGCAAAUUUUUUUUCCGUGGACAGUCGGACUCCUCAUUGAUAGUCGGACGCAUCAUUGACCCGCGCCCUUAGACAAAACAUUCAGCGGAUACUCUUAUUAUAGAUGCGCCUUCCCAGUCUUGCGCACGCAAUUGGUGAUUUCAAAAUAUUGUAUUGCUUGGUUGAGAUGUCAAGAUCUUCAUAUCUUGUGUGGCGAUGACAUUAUAUUCGCCAUUCCCACUUGCUUUUAUUUGCUUUUGUAACUGUUUUUUGUAACUAUUUUUAAGCCAUGCCUUUCAAACACCAUGGAUAGGAUGUAUCAAUACAUCUAUAUUUAGUCUCAAUAGAUUAAUACAUAGAUUGAUAGAUUAAAAUCCCAUGGUGGUAAAGGUAGCUACGAAGCAUACAGUGACUUUGUCAUAGUGUUAAAGGCAGCUCUCUAAAUCGUCAUAGUGUUAAAGGCAGCUCUGUAUUCUAGUGGAUACGCGGAUACGCAGUCAAAUAGUUAUUUUGAGAAUGAGGCAGUUAGAUUAGCAUUAGAUCAAAUUCUCAUGCUAUAGGUAGCUCUAUAUUUUAGUGGAUACGUGGAUACGCAGUCAAGUAGCUAUUUUGAGAUUAAGACGACAGUUAGUUGGCAUUAAUAGAUUAAAUUCUCAUGCUAUACAGAGCUUAAAUCAUAAAUGUGGUGUAAUAUGUAAAUAUGUUCCUCACAACUGAACAUUGGUGUUUGACAGAUUAUGAUUAAUUAGCGUCGCUGGGAAAAAAAAUUUUAUAUUAUAAAGCAUACUAAGCAUAAUAUUAAACAUUAAAAGUCUUGAAUGAUAUUUCCUUUAUAGUAUCAAUUCGUAAUAUUGUCUUGGUAAUUAGUUUGUGGAAAUUAGAACGAGGCAAUAAUAUCUGGUAUAUACGUAUCCAGUGAAAUAGUGGCCGGGCUACAUGAUAUGAUAUCCGACUAUCAAUGAGGAGUCCGACUGUCUACGGAAAACAAAUUUGCGACGUCGACAGCUUAACCCGUUUUCCACUUCACCAUUUCGCCCCGCGCUCGAUCAGCCUACGUUAAAACAACAUUUCCAUGCGGUUUACUUUUUAUACAAUACUCAAUGGACCUUUAACCUUAUAACUAAAAUUUUGAUGUAGACAAAAAUUUCAUCACAGCUUGAAAAAGCAUCACAAAAUUAGUAAUAUUCCAAAGUUUCGUUACGAAGUGUUGUAAAAUGCAGAUAAUGUAACGGGAAAUUGAUACCCAAAUCGGGUGUUUGGGUAUCAAUUUCCCGUUUUUAAUCUAAAAUGACUGAAAAUUGCAAACUUCGCAAAGCUAUAUUAUCCGCAUUUUACAACAUUUCGGAACGAAACUUCGGAAUAUUACUAAUUUUGUGAUGCUCUUUCAAGCUGUGAUGAAAUUUUUGUCUAGACUUGUCUAGAUCAAAAUUUUAGUUAUAACAAAGCUACAGUUCGGUCGGACACCAAUACACUCGGGUCGGACAAACAGUAAACCCCAGUUUCACUUAUGUCGGACAGAAUGUCCGGCGGCUUCCUCUCUACGUCGGACAAUUUCACGAAAGGGUCGGGGGUCGGACAAACAGUAAACCCCAGUUUCACUUAUGUCGGACAGAAUGUCCGGCGGCUUCCUCUCUACGUCGGACAAUUUCACGAAAGGGUCGGGGGUCGGACAAACAGUAAACCCCAGUUUCACUUAUGUCGGACAGAAUGUCCGGCGGCUUCCUCUCUACGUCGGACAAUUUCACGAAUGGGUCGGACAAUGUCCGUGACCGACCGAUAUUUUAAGGUCUGAUUUCAGGUCCGCGCAAUUUUAUCAAACUGCGAGGGCUUGAAAUCUAAUCCAGUCCGAAUUGGAGGAUUUGAAAUGACAUUUACGAAUAAACUACUACUUAAAGUGAGGUGAAUUAAUUUUGAUCCAGUACAAGGACUGAAUUAAUUUCGAUCCAGUUCCAGUAUUAUCAUGUGAGCAAAAUAAAGCAACAUGGUUGGCUAAUUUACUCAUGAAUUAUUAAUGAGUUUGAGAUAGUCCGGAACCAUCUCGCGCGUGUACAAUGAAGAUUCUGUUCGAUCAGUAGUCAGUAAGCCAUGAAGUUAUCAGUGUAAUUUUUACUACUGUAAAAUGUUACCCUCCUUUAUAAAUAAAGCCUAUUAUCAUUAAACUCUAUAUCUUUACGUUCUACUAGGGCCAAGGUGCAAGCUAUCUACGCACACGAAGCUGCAGAUUCCACACAACUAUCUUUCGAGGAGGUAUACGUAUUUCUAACAUUUUGAAAAUUUUCAUUGGCUACACACGUAGAAAAUGCCACAACUUGUCAACGAGAUGUGUUCGCAACAGACUUGUAGCAAGCUUGUCAACAAGUUGUAACACUGAAUGUUGUUAUUUUAUCAAGUUGCAGGACGAUAACAAGUUGUUGGAACAACCUGUAACAUGUCUGUUGAAUCAACAACCUUGUAGCAAGUUGUCAACAAGUUGAAACAAUGUUGUUAUUUUAACAAGUUGCUACAACAUUUUCACUCGCAUCUUGUUGAUCAAGUUGUUGAAUUGCAGGACGAUAACAAGUUGUUGGAACAACUUGUAACAAGUCUGUUGAGCUCAACAACCUUGUAGCAAACACAUCCUGUUGACAAGUUGUUGGAACAGCAUUGCUACAACUCUGCUGCAGGUUUGUUACAACUUGUGCGUUUUUACGUGUGUAAUAUGAAUGCUAUAACAUUGUGUUAUUGGCGUAGGGUGAUGUGAUAAAGACUUUAACGAGUGUCACGUCGGGAUGGCAGUAUGGCGAAAACACGAGGACAGCAAAGUUAGUAUCUAAUUUGAUUAUUUUUACUUCUGAGGAAAAGUAAUCAUUGAACAUUGAUAUAGGAUAUAAUAUUCCAAAGUUUCGUUGCGAAAUGUUGUAAAAUGCGGAAAAUAUAGCCUUGUGGAGUUUGCCGUUUUUCAGUCAUUUUGUAUUACGCACGGGAAAUUGACAGCCCAAUCGGGUGGUUGGGGCAUCAAUUUCCCGUUUGUAAUCUAAAAUGACUGAAAAUUGCAAAUUUCGCAAGGCUAUAUUAUUCAACACCGCGGAAAAACGUCUGCGCAUGCGUCAACCUUACCUGUAAUAGUAUUGCGAACUUGAUGAGAAGCUGUUCCGAACGUUUCCGAAGGCUCAAAAUGGCGGUAAAAAGGAGUGACUUCAUUGUGCGUCUUUACAGCCAGAUUUCGAGCGCAAAAAUAAACAUGUCAUUCAAAAAACUAGGAAUAAAUACAGCCAGAAGAUUCAAGAAAUUGUAUUGUACAAGAACAUGAACUAAAGGUGAUUGUUGACAAAUUUAUCGUCUGAAACAUUUUGUUUAUCAACUAAGCAACGACAAUUUCCGAAUUUUCGUUUGAGAUACAUUUCUUUAAAAAAACUGUGUCGCCAAAUAUAAAAAAUUUUCGUGUUCACAAUAAUUAAACUUUAGGAUUUAUUCUACAAUUUGAGUGGAUUAAGAAGCUUAACUUUUCGAGAGUUUUCUUAACUUUUGAGUUUGAAUUUUUGUUUUGAAUAAUUUUGCAAACAUGUUCGAAGUCGUGUCCGUUAAAAUCAACAAUUUUUACAUGAAUUAUAUUUCAUUCCAUACUUUAAAUGCCAGGACGCUUUCAAUUAAUGUCUAGUCUACCCAUUUGCUAUAUUUUCUCGUUUGUUUUACUAAUUUUUGACCAAUUAAUAAGCAUGUUUUGUUUUAGAAAUUGAUAUUCAAAUUCCCCGCCAUAUUUUCAUAAUUUGGUGCAUGCGCAGACGUUUUUCCGCGGUGUUAUAUUAUCCGCAUUUUACAACAUUUCGCAACGAAACUUUGGAAUAUUACUAAUUUUGUGAUGCUCUUUCAAGCUCUGAUGAAAUUUUUGUCUAGAUCAAAAUUUAGUCUAUAAUGCAAAUGGUCCAUUGUUGUAAAAAUAAUCUAGGCUAAGAAUGUAAUUAGGUAAGCGUAAUACUUGAUGUAAAGCGCAUCUGAUAAUAUACACAUGUAAGUUGCGCUGUAGAAAUGCUAAUGGUAUCAGACAACUUGCAUGUUAGACAAAUUUUUUAUCCAACCGAUCUAGGCAAAAAUUAGUAAACUUGCAAAAUUUGGUUGCGAAAUGUUGUAAAGCUUGGAAAAUAAAGCCUUGCAAAGUUUGCAUAUUUUCAGUAUAUUUGUAUUACGUGCGGAAAUUGUUACCAUUUUUGAGCCGAAAAUGGUAACAAUUUCCGCUCGUAAUACAAAUAUACUGAAAAUAUGCAAACUUUGCAAGGCUUUAUUUUCCAAGCUUUACAACAUUUUGCAGCCAAGUUUUGCACUUUUACUAAUUUCAGUAUGUUCUUUUUAGCUGUGGUGUUUGAUUCCCUUUUCUAUGCUUAGAUUAAAAUUUAGUCUAACAUGCAAGUUGUCCAUUCAUUGGACGCAGGUUCCAUUCGUGCCAUGCAGAGGGCCUAUAUUUGCAUUUUCUGCUCCUGGUCAGGUCUCAAAAUUUUCAUCUGCAAAAAUCCCUCAUCAUUCAGCUCUAUCAGCUCUCUAUUCAGCUCUCUUUAAAUGCCUUAGGCUGGGAGCCACUUGAUAGAAUAAGAAAAAAGGCAAAAGCAAGAAUGAUGUACAAGACGUUAAACAAAAUAGGCCCUGAAGUCUCUCACAAACCUCUUCACGUAUAAGAAUAAUAUAACAAAUUAUAAACUUCGGCGAAAUAUUUCAAGUGGUCUUUGCCUGCCACAACCACGCACCAAUAAUAUGAAAAAGAGUUUUGUGUAUGAUGGUGCUAAGCUCUGGAACUCUAUUCCAAAUGAAAUUAGAGAGAGCAUAUCUCUAUCAUCCUUCCAAAAGAAAAUUGCCGCUCACAUUUUUAAUUAGACACCAAAUGUUGUCAUGUACAAUGUAAAUAGAUUGUUAUAUUCCCAUUACUUACUUUAAUACCUGCAUGCCUAAUACUAUUUCUAAUACUCUGUAAAUAAUUAUUCUAAAGUUUAUACUUCUGUAAUUUCUUUUAUACACGCCCCCUGUGGAAAUCAGCUUCGGUUGACGGGGUUAGCGUGGUUAAAUAAAGUUUAUCUAUCUAUCUAUCGAGCGGGAUGCCCAAAAUGUUAAGUAUUAACCCAUACACCUUACAUUGACAUCACCUUUAUAGUAUUUAUACAUAAACUAGCGGUUAGAGCUCGACAACUGGCCUCUGUAUCUCAGUUGGAUGGUUAGAGCACUGCAUCAGAAUCGCAGAGUCGCAGGUUCGAUUCCUGUCAGAGGACCUAUAGUUGCAUUUUUCACAACUACUCCUCGUUAGGUUUAAUAAAUGUAUAUAAUGUUUGCUCGAGAUUUCCUUACCUACCAAAUUACUUUUUUUUAACUAUGGUAUGUUUUUUCAUCAGGUCAGGAUGGUUCCCAGUGGCAUUUACUGAAAAAGUCUCGGGAGUUGUGCCAAGGUUUGUGAAAGUAUAGUGUACAGUACAGUACAGCACAGCACAGCACAGCACAGCACAGCACAGCACAGCACAGCACAGCACAGCACAGCACAGCACAGCACAGCACAGCACAGCACAGCACAGCACAGCACAGCACAGCACAGCACAGCACAGCACAGCACAGCACAGCACAGCACAGCACAGUACAGUACACACGCAAAGAUCUCGCAUCUUGUAACAAGUUUAUCAACAAGCCGUCGACAAGUUGUAUUCAAACGCUUUCAUGUAGAACAUUUCAUUUGAAUACGGCUAGUAGAAAUAUUUUAUUUUGAAGUUUUCAAAAUAUCAAGUUUUACUCCCAUUUUUAAUUAAACAUUAAUCUGAAUAUAUUAAUUAAUGUUUCGUGACUUUCUUAAGAAAGAGAUUCUGAGUUUCAUUAGUGGAUUUGUUGUUCAUUUUAUAGCAAUGCGAACCCCAUUCACACACUACCAACAUCGGGCCCAGUCCACUCUCGUCCAUCUGUACUUCCCAAAGUCAACGGAACUCUCCCGAACUCCGGCGGUCAGGGUGAACUGAUUAUUCCAGCAAGGGAUUAUGGGGUUCCAUUGAAAGACAUUGGAAACACAGGUACUGCAGUGAUAUAUAAGGAUCCCUUGACCUUGUUGGCAUCAACAAUAGUUUUAUCAGGGCCGUAGCUAGACACGAUAAUUGGGGGGAUGUAUAUUCAUAUAUUCAUGUUUAACAUACCGUAAAAACAAUCGAUUUCAAAAGAAAUCCGUCGGGCAGAACACGAAUAUAUGAAUAUACACCCCCCCCCCCAAUUUUUGUUCUAGCUACGGCACUGGUUUUCAUUCCAUGUUCAGUAGGCCUAAUUGCCUAACGCAUCUUAUUGCCAGUUGCAUCAACUCUCAUCUGGUUUCAAUUUUAAUGAGUUGAUGAGAGUUUUCGCCGCGCGCGCGGUACUAUUCCGUCUCUCAUCAACUCUCAUGCAACUCUUGUUCUCGUUUGGCCGGGACAUAAGAUUUGAAAUCAUGCAAACUCUCGCUUCUCAACUCUCGUUUGACCAAGGCUUAAUUUACUAAUUAAGCAUAUAUGUAAGCACUAAGCAAGUAUUUAAAAUAUGUAUGUGAGUCUCAUCCAGUCUCAGCUCAGUCCAAGUAUCAUAUGUCAAAGUAAUGGUUAGCUAAUUUCUAACAAGAAUAAACUAUUUUAUUUUUUCAAGCAAACAACAACCACACUGAAUUGAAUCGCAAGGACUCGGGAUCAUCAGGUGUUCACUCCAUGAACAACUCCGCAUCAUCUCUCGAUACAUCAACACAAGAUGAACCAUAUUACCCCCCACCACCUCCUCCCCCACCUCUACCAAUACUGGAAGAAGAUGUGCCCGCCGCAUUUCCUCCCCCACCUCCUCCCCCCUUGCCACCGGUGUCAGGAAGUUUUGAUCAGUAAGUUGACUGGAUGUUAGAUGAAGUUCUAUAUCUAAAAACAAGACGCUCUGUCACAGAGUACUUACAUACAGAGGUCUCACUUCAGGUCCACCAUGCACUUAGCAAGUGCCCUAAAGAGAGGCCGUCACCCCCUGAAAACGUAUUGAAAUUUAAUGUUCCAGGGGGUGAAUGUCUCUCUUUAGGACACUUGCUAAGAAUAUGGCCGCCAGCUAUUUUGGUACUAACACGUAAAAACGCACAAGUUGUUACAGAUCUGCAAACAAGUUUGUUACAAAUGUGUUCACAAGCUGUCGACAAGUUGUGUUCGCACUGCUUGUUCCCAGUUGUUGUACCAAGUUUGGGCCGGACAGGCUGUUAACAACUGCAAACAUAACUAUUAUGUUUUAUCGCCAUGCAAACAUACAAAGAACUUAUUACGGACCUCUAUGGAGAGUUGUAUUAGCACUGAUGAAGACCCGGGCUUACGGAUCGAAAGCUUUGCAGUAAUAAAUUUACGUGGUGUUUCCACAAACAAAACUAUUAUAUGUUUUAUUGCCAUGCAAACAUACAAAGAACUUAUUAACUUGUAGCAAGCUUGCCGGCAUUAUCAGACUUGUUACAAGGUUGUUCUAACAAAUCUGAUACAGUCAUGAUAUAACAAGAAUGUUACAAGGUUGACGACACAAGGUUGUAACAAUAUUGCUAUAUCAUGACUGUAUCGGACGUGUUAGAACAACCUUGCAAUAAGUCUGAUAAUGUCAUCAAACUUGUUACAAGUUGUUAACAGCUUGUUCCAAACUUGUCGACAACUCGGUCUCGGGACAAGCAGUGCGAACACAACUUGUUGAUGGCUUGUUCGCAGACUUGCCACAAGAUGUGCGACCUUUCAGUGUGCAGUUUAAACAUAUAAGUUAUAAUGCAUAAUAUGUUGGUACGCUCCUAACACGUGGACUUGUAUUUUCAGGGCGUUAUGAGCUUCGAGAAACGAAGAGCAAAUCUUGCAAUCCCUAUCAUCAUGCAUGACGUCAGGAGCCCUCGUGCAACGUUGUAAAACGCUCAGAUAAGUAUAUAUGGCCGAUGUAUGGCAAAUCAUUGAGAGCACUAUAAUGUACAUAAUCGUUCAAUAUUUAUCGAUCGUGGAAUAUGAUUUAAAUGUUCACUCACCAAACUAAGCAAUUAUUAUUGAGAUUUAUUUGAAAAAUUUAAUAUAAAACUAAUAGAGAAAAAUAUUUUCAGAAAUGUAUAUAUAUGGUAUAAUAAUUAUAAUGGGGCACAUUUUCUGUUUGUCAUCAGUAUCAAAAUUACUCGUGUUUUCACUGAGACUCACAAAAUAAAAUUUCAUGGCACAUUUUGGCCGUGUUUUAUGCCUUCAAAUUCAACUCACAUGAUCUGUACGUGUAAAGUAAGUAGUGCCAAAUUAUGGUUGAGAUUAUAAGAAUAUAUUUUUUAUUGAAGUUCAAAUUAAAGUCUGGCAUGUAUUAUUGGUACAUAUACGGUACACAUAUGCUGUGAUGAUUUUGUUAUCAUGUUACACCACAGACAUUCAAAGGAUUCC